AAUACUUACUUGCAGGUUCACCUCUCGACAAUGGGAAAUUAAUUAAGUGAAUAAAACGGUACUAAAAUUAAUAUUUUUGUAAUGAUUUUUUUAUGUAAUACAAGAAGGCACUCAACAAAUUGAAGUAGGAUAUUUACACGUGCCGAGGAAUUGUGCAAUGGAUUGUGUGAUAAUAAAUAGACAUUGUGCAGUAAUAUAAAUAGGAGUCCUGUAGCAGCAGGCUGUAAUUCAGGAUGUAACGCAACAAAAUGGGGAUAACGUCAAGGGGUGUGAAUACUUCCUGAAGCACUGUAUCUCUCUGACAGUGCUGAAUACAUGUUAAAUGUAAUAGCAUUGUCCAUGUCCUUCCUCAGGUUCAGACAGACUAUCUCCCAUAACCUGAACCUGCGGUCAGCCUACGGCCACUUCAUACCUGGAACAGACCGUGCUGAGGUGACCACACUGCACUCCGAGGUUGGAGCUACGGUCGACUACAUCUUCUACUCUCCAAGGCGUGGCAGUUCUGGUGCUGAUCAGAAAGCUGGAGGUCAACGGCAGAGCAGAGGUCUGAAGCUGCUUGGUCGUCUCUCCCUCCUAUCAGAGGAGGACCUCUGGACAAUGAAGGGUUUACCCAAUGAAAUGUUCCCCUCGGACCAUCUCAGUCUCCUGACCAGGUUCCAGCUGGACCUAAACCCUGUGUGA